AUGCCAGCCACCAACCAGGGCUGGCCCGAGAACUUCGGCUUCCGGCUAGGCGGCUCCGGCCCCUGCUUCGUCCUGGAGGUAGCUGAGGGGAGCAGCGCGCACGCCGGGGGUCUGCGACCGGGGGACCAGAUCCUGGAGGUGGAGGGGGUGGCCGUGAGCGGCCUGAGUCGAGAGCGCCUCGUGCGCCUGGCGCGGCGCUGCCCGCGCGUGCCGCCCAGCCUCGGCGUGCUCCCGGGCCCCGACGGCGGCCCCGCCCUGGCAUCUGGCCCGGCUGCGUUGACCCCAACCUUGCGGACCCAGCGGUCCGGCCGCCGCCUCGCUCUGGGUCGGGAGCCGCUACGCUUAGUCGGCGGCAAGCGCCCGGACGCCGUGCACCGAGAGCGCAGACGCAAGGCCCAGGAGUUCAGCCACAAGGUGGAUGAAAUCUUGGGGGACCAGCUGACUGCCAAGGAGCAGGUAUUUGCUGCAUUGAAGCAAUUUGCAACUGAGCAGCGAGUGGAUGACCUGGUGUGGGCUCUCACCCUGGCACUGCCCCGAGAGGCCUGUUGGCCACUCUUGGACAACCUCAGGAUCUUCAUCCCGAAGAAGCACCGAGCGCGCUUCGACGAGGUGGUGUCGCAGGGGCUGCUGGGCAAACUGUGCCGCGCGCGGCGGGCGCAGGGCGCGCAAAGACUGCGCCGGAGCCGCAGCGAGGAGCGGCCCGAGCGCCUCCUGGUGUCCACGCGCGCUAGCGCCCCGCCGCGCCGCCCGGACGAGCCGCCCCCGCGCAAGGCCGCCUCGCUGGUGGGCGGCCGCGCAGGCCCAGGGGGCGCCCAAAGGACUGUUCGAGUCUACAAGGGCAACAAGAGCUUCGGCUUCACCCUUCGUGGCCACGGGCCUGUCUGGAUCGAGUCUGUCCUGCCUGGGAGCCCAGCUGACAAUGCUGCCCUCAAGUCAGGUGACCGGAUCCUCUUUCUCAACGGACUGGAUAUGAGGAACUGCUCCCACGACAAGGUGGUGUCCAUGCUGCAGGGGAGUGGAGCAAUGCCCACGCUGGUUGUGGAGGAAGGGCUCAUCCCAUUUGCUAGCGACUCUGAUUCUUUGGAUUCCCCCAACCCAUCAUCAGCGCUCACCUCCCUGCAGUGGGUUGCAGAGAUCCUACCGUCCAGCAUUCGAGUCCAAGGACGGACCUUCAGCCAGCAGCUAGAGCAUCUGCUCACACCUCCUGAGCGCUAUGGGGUGUGCCGGGCCCUGGAGAGCUUCUUCCAGCACAGAAACAUUGACACCCUCAUUGUUGAUGUCUACCCUGUUCUGGACACACCUGCCAAGCAGGUCCUUUGGCAGUUUAUUUACCAGCUGCUGACCUAUGAAGAGCAGGAGCUCUGUCAGGAGAAAAUUGCAUGCUUCCUGGGCUACUCAGCCAUGACAGCAGAACCAGAGCCUGAACUGGACCUGGAGCCUGAGCCUGACCUGGAACCAGAGCCUACUCCUGAGCUCCAGCCACGGAGCUCCCUGAGAGGCUCCUCAAUGUGCUGCCGCAGCCUUCGAUCCCAGGGCAUGGAAGCUGGCCUCAGCUGCGGUCCUGGUGACUGCCCUGAGAUGCCUCUUCCUCUGAUCCCAGGCGAGCGCCAGGCAGGUGAUGGCACGUCCCUCCCUGAGACUCCCAACCCCAAAAUGAUGUCAGCCGUCUAUGCAGAGCUUGAGUCUCGUCUGAACAGCAGCUUCAAAGGGAAGAUGGGAACUGUGUCCAAAUCCCGGGCAUCCCCACCAGGCCCCAGCCCGGCAGUCACUGCAGGACCCAGGAUCCUAUCCGGCAUCUCGUGGCCCAGUGAGCAGCUCCUGCCCUCCCCCUGCUACCACCCGCUGUGCUCAGGGGCCCUGGCCUCCCCCAGCAGCUCCGAGUCCCACCCCUAUGCCAGCCUGGACAGCAGCAGGGCACCUUCCCCACAGCCAGUCCCUGACAGCCCCCCCAGCCCAGACCCUGGCCGCCCACCCAGCCACAGGAAGCUCUUCACCUUCUCUCGGCCCAUGCGAAGCCGAGAUACGGAUCGCUUCCUGGAUGUGUUGAGUGAGCAGCUGGGUCCCCGAGUCACCAUCGUGGAUGAUUUCUUGACCCCCGAGAAUGACUACGAGGAGAUGAGUUUCCACGAUGACCAGGGCAGCUUUAUAACCAACGAACGGAGCAGCGCUAGCGACUGUGUCAGCAGCAGCGAGGAAGGCAGCUCCUUGACCUAUUCCUCCAUCUCUGACCACAUCCCCCCACCCCCACUCAGCCCCCCACCACCGCCACCCCUGCCUUUUCAUGACCCCAAGCCCAGUUCUCGCCCCUCUGAUGGGCCCCGGGGCCCCACUCAGGCACUGGCAAAGCCCCUUACCCAACUCAGUCACCCAGUCCCUCCACCACCACCACCGCCCUUGCCCCCACCCGUGCCCUGUGCACCUCCCUUACUAUCUCGGGGCCUGGGUCACCGGCGCAGUGAGACCAGCCACAUGAGUGUCAAGCGCUUGCGGUGGGAGCAGGUGGAGAAUUCAGAAGGCACCAUCUGGGGUCAGCUUGGGGAAGACUCUGACUACGAUAAGCUGAGUGACAUGGUGAAAUACCUUGACCUGGAGCUCCACUUUGGCACCCAGAAACCUGCUAAGCCGAUGCCCAGGCCCGAGCCCUUCAAGAAGAAGGAGGUGGUGGAGAUCCUGUCCCAUAAGAAGGCCUACAACACCUCCAUCCUCCUGGCGCACUUGAAGCUGAGCCCAGCGGAGCUGCGGCAGGUGCUCAUGAACAUGGAGCCUGGGCGCCUGGAACCUGCGCAUCUGGCGCAGCUGCUGCUCUUUGCACCUGACGCCGACGAGGAACAGCGCUACCAAGCCUUCCGCGAGGCGCCCGGUCGCCUCAGCGAGCCAGACCAGUUCGUCCUGCAGAUGCUUUCGGUUCCCGAAUACAAGACCCGACUGCGCAGCCUCCACUUUCAGGCCACCCUUCAGGAAAAAACAGAGGAGAUCAGAGGCAGCCUCGAGUGCUUGCGCCAGGCCUCCCAUGAGCUCAAGAAUAGCCGGAAGCUCGCCAAAAUCUUGGAGUUUGUGUUGGCCAUGGGAAACUAUCUUAACGAUGGACAGCCCAAAACCAACAAGACCACAGGCUUCAAGAUCAAUUUUUUGACAGAGCUGAACUCCACCAAGACGGUGGAUGGGAAGUCCACCUUCCUGCACAUCCUUGCCAAAUCACUGAGCCAGCAUUUCCCUGAACUCUUGGGCUUUGCUCAGGACCUGCCCACUGUGCCCUUGGCUGCCAAAGUGAACCAACGAGCAUUGACCAGUGAUCUGGCUGACCUCCACGGCACCAUCAGUGAGAUACAGGCCGCCUGCCAGAGCAUGUCCCCCUCCAAUGAGGACAAGUUUGCUGUCGUCAUGGCAUCCUUCCUGGAGACAGCCCAGCCAGCACUUCGGGCACUGGAUGGGCUGCAGCGUGAGGCCAUGGAGGAGCUGAGCAAGGCACUGGCCUUCUUUGGGGAGGAUUCUAAGGCGACUACCUCUGAAGCAUUCUUUGGCAUCUUCGCAGAGUUCAUGAGCAAGUUUGAGCGAGCACUCAGCGACUUGCAGGCCGGAGAGGGCCCACGCAGCUCCGGGAUGGUUUCUCCCCUGGCCUGGUGAUAGCAACUAGCUGGGUUCUCUGCGGCCUAAGCUCGGAGACCAACAUCAGAGACUACACUCAAGGGGGCCGCCUGGAUGCCACUGAAGACCGGUGCUGUGGCACCCCAGGCACUGUGCAAGCAACUGCCUGCCUGACCCUGAGCAGCCUGGCCCAUUGGCUCCUGGAGGGAAGGGCCCAGCCACUCACCUCCAGCUACCUCAGCUUCUCUGCCUGGGGCCUCCCUACCCGCCCUCAUUCAGUCCCUUGCCCUUAGCUGGACCCAGAGUUCCUGAGGAGCCUGCCCAAGAGGUCUGAGAACCAGUGGCCCCACUCUCCUGCUCUGCUCCCGUUCUGAGACCACAGGUGGAUUGCAAAGAGGCUGCUGUCCUGGGGCAGGGUCUGUCACUGGCCUAGCAACUUGGCUGGAGCGUGGCAGGAUGUGUGAACCCAUUUCUGAGUCCAGGAGCCAGGAGACUGACACCCUAGAGCACGCCACACACAGCAGGCUUGAAAGCAAGCCUGGAUCUUGAGAGCUAGAAGAAAUUGCAGUUGGCUGCUACUGAGGAGGGGACAGGAGAACAGAGGGCUGGAGUAGGAAAACACUGUAUGUCAGAUUGCAGGAUUGAGUUUUUAGUCCAGUGGACAAAUUCAAACCCGUUUAGAGGUGGCCAGACUCAAAGUGAGGAGAUUGGGAGUGGAAUGGGGAUUGUUAUGGUUAGGGGCAGAGAGAACAGGAAGAUGUUUAGGUUUGGGUGAGCAGGAUUUUGUGGCCCACUGCUGGGUUUCUUACCUGAUGGGUGAUGACAUUCCCUGGAAGGGGUCAUGUAGACAGAGAGGUUUGAGGGCAAAUGGCACAACUGGGACAUAUUUUGAGAUUUGAGAGGCUGGUUUAUAUGUGUUUGGGGAUAGAGGAGGGAGUUGUAUGGAUGUUAGGAAUAGGAGUGUGGUCAGGGAGGGUGUGUGACUUGUUUCACUUUUUUCAUUCUCCAGUAAGCAGAUGCCUGUAUUAGACAGCUUCCCCUGUUAGCUUUUCUCUUUUUCCAGAGAAGUCUGAAAUGGGCUUUAAACCUAUCUCUUGGAUUAUUUUUCUCCCACUGUCAUCAAAUGGUUAAUGUUGCUCUUGGGUAGUAUUUGGAACCCAUUCAAUUCUUCCCAGUCUCCCACAGGCCUUUCUGUGAGGCCAUCUUACUUCUUUUUUUGUUCCCUACUCACAGCUACCAUAUAAAAAUGGUUAAACCAAAAUGUGUACU